UUUUGAAGCCUCCCCUGGAUCCAUGAUUCCUUGUAUUUCCUUCCUCUCUUCUUUCUCUGGGCAAUUUCUCUGCCACUAUCAAUAUGGCAGAACCUCGUGACGAUUCUGCACAGAAUUCUCUCCUGUUUUCAAGGUGGUGGCUUUAGAGUCAGAGUAAGCGGUUUGACUGAAUCGUGAGCUGCACCGAACACCCCCUUGGACUUUGAUUUUCUGCAACCCAGAUACCUAACGAGAAAGCUGAUACGCCCAUCAUAUUCGAAUGCGCAUUUGAAACUUCUUAGGCUAUAGCCUAGGGGAGGAAGUGGCUCAAUUAUUCAAUGGUUCACUUUCAGAGCGAUCCUAUCCCCGGAAAUAACUGUUACGGUAACGGUAGUUCUCAUCAUUUUCCCGGUUCCGAUGAAGGGCUAAUAAGAGAAAGAGAGCUAAGUGGCAAGGGCUUUCAUUUGAACAAAUCAAGUGGUAAUAAUCAUGGGGGGCCUUUUAGACAACGACUUUUGGUGGUGGCCAACAGGCUGCCAGUCUCAGCAGUUAGGACAAGUGAAGACUCGUGGUCCAUGGAGAUGAGUGCUGGCGGUCUUGUGAGAGCUCUUUUAGGUGUCAAGGAGAUUGAGGCAAUCUGGAUCGGUUGGGCUGGUGUCAAUGUGCCGGAUGAGAUUGGACAGAAGACACUUACUAAGGCUCUGGCUGAAAAGAGGUGCAUUCCAGUAAUUCUUGAUGAAGAGAUUGUCCAUCAGUAUUAUAAUGGUUACUGCAAUAACAUCUUGUGGCCCCUUUUUCACUACCUGGGACUUCCACAAGAAGAUCGCCUUGCCACCACAAGGAAUUUCCAAUCUCAGUUUGAAGCAUAUAAGAAAGCAAAUCAAAUGUUUGCUGAUGUUGUGAAAGAACACUAUCAGGAGGGUGAUGUUGUUUGGUGCCAUGAUUACCAUCUUAUGUUUCUUCCAAAAUUCUUAAAGGAUUAUGACAGGAACAUGAAAGUUGGCUGGUUUCUCCACACGCCAUUUCCGUCUUCAGAAAUUCAUAGGAUGCUGCCAUCUCGAUCAGAGCUCCUGCAUUCUGUUAUUGCGGCUGAUUUAGUUGCUUUUCACACCUAUGAUUAUGCACGGCACUUUGUUAGCGCUUGCACUCGUAUUCUAGGACUUGAGGGUACCCCUAAAGGGGUUGAAGAUCAAGGGAGGUUGACUCGAGUUACUGCAUAUCCGAUUGGGAUAGACUCAGAUCGGUUCAUAUGUGCACUUGAGCUUCCUCGAGUUAAGGCUAUCAUCAGAGACUUCGAACAAAGAUUUGAAGGAAGAAAGGUAAUGUUAGGUGUUGAUCGUCUUGAUAUGAUUAAGGGAAUUCCUCAGAAAAUCCUAGCAUUUGAAAAAUUUCUUGAAGAGAAUGCCUAUUGGCAUGAUAAAGUAGUUUUAGUUCAAAUUGCUGUGCCAACAAGAACAGAUGUUCUUGAAUAUCAAAAGCUUACAAGCCAGGUUCAUGAAAUUGUUGGUCGCAUUAAUGGGAGAUUUGGAUCACUGACUGCUGUUCCAGUACUUCACCUGGAUCGCUCUCUUGAUUUUCAUGAACUAUGUGCUUUGUAUGCUGUAACUGAUGUAGCCCUUGUGACAUCUUUGAGGGAUGGGAUGAAUCUUGUCAGCUACGAAUAUGUGGCUUGCCAGGAGAGAAAGAAGGGGGUACUCGUUCUUAGUGAAUUUGCUGGUGCAGCACAGUCUCUAGGUGCUGGUGCAAUUCUGGUUAACCCUUGGAACGUCACAGAAGUUGCUGCUGCUAUUGACCAGGCUCUGAAUAUGCCAUCUGAUGAAAGAGAGAAGAGGCAUAGACGUAACUUUUCUCAUGUAAAAACCCACACUGCUCAGAAAUGGGCAGAAACUCUUGUAAGUGAACUGAACCAAACUGUUGCCGAGCAACAACGAAGGACAAGGCGAGUUCCAGCCACACUUCCAACCAAGGAUGUGGUGGAACGUUAUCUGCAGUCAACUAACCGGUUGAUUAUUUUGGGAUUCAAUGGGUGUUUAACUGAACCAGUCGAGAAAAGAGAUGGUCAGAUUAAAGAGAUGGAACUUGAGGUGCAUCCAGAAUUAAAACAGCCAUUGACAGAACUAUGCAGUGACCCAAAGACCACAGUUGUUAUUCUUAGUGGAAGUGAUAGAGUAGUCUUAGAGGAGAAUUUUAGGGAGUAUGACUUGUGGUUGGCCGCAGAGAAUGGUAUGUUUAUACACCCUGCAAAAGGAAUAUGGAUGUCAACAAUGCCGGAGCUUCUGAAUAUGGAAUGGGUUGACAGUGUGAAGCAUGUUAUUGAAUACUUCACGGAAAGAACACCUCGGUCACAUUUUGAAGAACGGGAAACAUCAAUCGUGUGGAAUUACAAAUAUGCAGAUGUUGAAUUUGGAAGACUGCAAGCGAGAGACUUGCUGCAGCAUCUCUGGACAGGUCCAAUCUCUAAUGCAACAGUUGAUGUAGUUCAUGGUAGUCGAUCUGUUGAAGUGCGUGCUGUUGGUAUAACAAAGGGAGCAGCUAUGGACCGCAUCCUAGGUCAAAUAGCAAACUGUCAAUCCAUGACAUCACCAUUUGAUUAUGUCCUUUGUAUAGGACAUUUUCUGGCAAAGGAUGAAGAUGUUUUUACCUUCUUCGAGCCUGCGUUCCCUCCGACUGAUUUGGCUCUUUCACGAGCAAAGGAGACGGAGAGAGUUGAGUUUUGUGCUGAGAAGAGAUUGCCUUUGAGGACCCCAACCGGUAAAAGUGGACCAAAGGCAUCCCAAAGUAAUGCUCAGAGGCCAAAGUCAAAUCCUGAGAUCUCUAGUGCACCUUGGAUCCCAACCCUUGGAACUGAAACAAUUUCAUGGGAUAUCCUAAACCUCAAGAAGGAGAAUUACUUCUCCUGUGCUGUCGGACGGAAUCAAUCAAGUGCUCGGUAUACGCUUGGAUCAUCAUCAGAUGAUGUGGUUGCUUUUCUGAAGAAACUGGCUGCUGCAUCUUUGGACUCUUCAUCAAGUUAAAUUGCUUUUAGGCAUUUUAAGGAUGUUCGGAGAUAAUUAUGCUUAGAGUAUGUGAACCCCAUUUUUCUAGCUGAACAGAGAUGAUACUGAAGAAGAAGACACAGAAAUGAGCUGGAGAUCAAGGAUCCAUGUCUUCUUGAUCAUGAUAAGCUGGAUCAUGUGUAGUGCUGAUUACUACUUUACUGUUGCAGACCAUAAAAAUCCUGCACAUCCUUGCCUUCAAGCGGGAAAGAAGGGGGAAUGAGGAAAAAAAUAUUGAUUAUUUAUUACAGUUUUUUUCCUUUUACCCCUACUUAAUAUUAAUGCAUGAAAGCCUGAAAUUUCUUAAGAAUGUAUUUAAUAUGAGAAAAAUAGGAAAUUUAUUAAAUUUUUAGAUAGAUUGAAUAUGUUUUCAAGUUGUUCUCGUUUUCGAUAAAAGAAAUGUUGGAAGUAACUUGCUAAUACCAAGAGAAAAUGGCUCU